AUGAAAUAAUAAAAACUUAAUCAAUUAGCACAAAUAAUAAAAAGACUAGAGCAUAUUCUAGAUCCUGAUCAAACCAGAAAUUCUCAAUAUUCUUUAUUUCAUCUCUUUCCCACCUUUCAACCUGAUGAACAAACCUCAUCAGAAUAAUCAGAAUAGAGUACAAACUAAAUCAUUUUUGAUGAAUCACCAACUCAUGAUUAUACAAAAAAUGAUCUAUAGAGAUUGUCAACAGAAUCUGUCUAUUUAAAAUUAGAUUAUAUACAAAUCUCAAUAUAAUUAAGAAACAUUCUAUUAAAUUGUUUUAAGAAUCUUAAUGUAGACUCAGUUAAUCAUAUAUCUGAGUUAUUCCUAUAAAAUUCUCAAAAAGAUAAUCCUUAUAGUGCUUUGAUUAUUAAUUAAAUAAAUCUUAUUCAAAGUGUUAUUGAAACUCAUUCAAUCUGUUCAAAAUUUAAUACUUAAAUAUUGAAUUUAUCUUUUGAUUUCAUCAAUAUUGAUUAAUAUGGUAUUAUUGAAAAAGUAAUAACAAUAAGAUCAAACUAUUUUGCAGAAAUUAACAAGCAUAAAAUCAACGAGAUAUUAGUUCCAUAAUAUGAUUAAUUUUAGUUAAUUAAAGAAUAAUAGUUAAAAAUUAAGUAAACUGAAUAAGCUAUAGAAAAGCUAAUUCAAAAAUUUUGUUGA